CCAGGCGGCGCCACAACGGCGGGAGCGGAGCCGCCGAGAGGCGGAGCCGAGCGAAGCCGGGACCGGCACCGGGAUCGGCACCGGCACCCGGGACCGGGGGGAGCCGGGGUGGGGGGACCCCAGCCCCGGGGCGCGGCGCUCGGGACCGGGGCACACGGGACCGGGAGGAGCCGGGACCGGGGAGCAAAGGGAGCCGGCAGCGGGAAGCGAGCACUGCAGAUGGGACCCGGGAGGCCACCGGGAGCACCGAAGCCACACCGGGGUGCCGUGAGGGCAUGGACAGCAGCAGCACUGAUUUGGGGUCACGGUGCCAGCACCAAGUGUUUGGCAGCAGCGCCGAACUGACACCCAGCAGGCAGGACCGGGCAGACACCAGCAGUGCCAAAACGAUGCUGCGGUGUUGGGUUGGGGCUGAUUUGGGGAUACGACGCCAGGACCAGGCGGACACCAGCAGUGCCAAGGUGGAGACACAACACUGCGACCCUGCAGAUAGUGGCAGCACCGAUUUGGGGACGCGAGGCAGGGAGCGGGCAGACACCGACAUCACCGAACUGAUGCUGGGGUGCCGGGACCGUGACGAUGCUGGCAGCUCCAACCCAGUGCCGGAGCACCAGGAUGUGGCAACCACCAGCAACAGCAAUUUGGGGCCACGGUGCCAGGACACAGCCGAUGCCGGCAGCACCAAACUGGACCCACAGCCCCAACGCGAGGAUGCCAUGGCAGAGCUGAGACAGGGUGAUGGCAAGGACCCUGCCGCCGUGGCUCGUCCCUUCCGCUGCGGGGCGUGCGGGAAGCGCUUCGGUGCGAGCACCACACUGAUGCGGCACCAGGCGCUGCACGGGGCCGAGCGCCCUUUCUCCUGCACCGAGUGCGGCCACGGCUUCUGCGACCGGGCAGCUCUGGCCACGCACCAGCGUGGCCACACGGGCGAGCGACCCUUCGCUUGCACCGAGUGUGGCAAAGCCUUCGCCGGCAGUGCGGGGCUGCUGGUGCACCAGCGGGCGCACACGGGCGAGCGUCCCUUCGCCUGCACCGAGUGCGGGCAGCGUUUCCGGCAGAGCGCCCACCUGGCCCAGCACCAGCAGGGCGCCCACAGCGCGGGACGCCCACACCACUGCCUACAGUGUGGCAAAGCCUUCGCACUGCGCUCCACGCUGGCCCGGCACAUGCAGACUCACACGGGCGAGCGGCCCCAUGCCUGUGGCGAGUGCGGGCAGUGUUUCCGGCAGCGGGCACACCUUGCCCGGCACCGGUUGGCGCACACGGGCGAGCGGCCCUUCCCCUGCGGCCAGUGCGGCAAAGCCUUCGCCCUCAGUGCCACGCUGCUGCGGCACCAGCUGGUGCACACCGGUGAGCGCCCGCACCGGUGCCCCGACUGUCCCCGCGCCUACACCCAAAGUGCCUACCUGGCCCAGCACCGCCGCAGCGCCCACACGGGCCAGCGGCCCCACGCCUGCCCCGAGUGCCCGUGUGCCUUCGCAGACCGUGCCAACCUCCUGCGGCACUGCCAGGGCCAUGCUGGUGGGCAGCCCUUCGCCUGCGGGCAGUGCGGGCAGCGCUUCACCCAGCGGGCCAGCUUGCUGGAGCAUGGCCGGCGGCACACGGGGGAGCGGCCGCACCGCUGUCCCCAGUGCCACCAUGGCUUCCGGCACCGCUCGGCACUGCUGCGGCACCGGCGGGCGCAUGCCGGUGAACGACCCUUUCCCUGCACCCACUGCGGUCGCCGCUACAGCCGCAGCUCCAACCUCCUGCUGCACCAGCGCAUCCACACGCCCGACUGAUGCCGGAGA